GGCCCCCUUUUCUCUUCAUGCCGCGGGCGCGAUCGGCGGCGGUGUUGCGCGACGUUUCGUUACUCAAGAGUUCCGUAUCCCGCAGUAUUGAUGAUUUCCAUUUUAGGAAAUCCCUCGCGUUUCGCCCUAGUAUGAUCACGAAGCAACCGAGACGACAGUCGGGCCUCCUACGUAAGCUGAUUACCAGUGCCAAGACUCUUCUUAUAAUCGAGGGCGUGCUACUACUCGGAUCGUACGGAUUUUGGCGUUGCCUGAACACCUCGCAAGAUUUCAGAUACUACAUCCGCCAACACUUCCCAAGCAUAUUGGAGGGUUACUACGCUAUCGGGGAAAAGUUGUCGGGCAAUGACCAUUUGAGGGCGUUUGACCACAAGACCUGGACGGAGGAUCGCAAUGAGCAUUAAAUCUACAUGGCGAACUUCCUGAAGUAUGUGGCUGCAGGCAUCCUCGGCGGUGGUAUAGGAUACGGUUUGCUCUGCUACGUUACGCCAAACGAGGAGGAUAUUAUACAUCAUCUCCCGCCGUAUUCGUCAGAGAAACACAGUUUGUUCAGAGGGUACAAACAGUCAUCGAAAUUUAUGAAUAAAGAAGAAUCAAACGUUAAUUUCAAGGAGUUUGAGAAUCAAAGCGGUGUAAACCACACUGAGAAAUAGCAUUUGUAUACCAGAAAUGGAUCCUACAGAUUUUAUAGAGGAGAGUUUAUCGGAACGUCUCACUAAGAGGGAUCGGGAGCGGAAGAAUGUUAUUGAGAGACGACGAGAGGAACGACAGUCGCUUGCCGUGGAGACCGAGCAGAGUGGCUACUUCAAGGAUACGUUUCACUCUUCCUGUAAGAAGAUCAAGGACAUGCUGGACGACGCGCUCAGCACCCCGUCUUCGGCGUUGCCGGGGAUUUUUGAGAAGUCCAACAAGGAGAUCCAGCUGCUUAAGAACUACUUGUCGCAGUCUAAAAUGUUCUUGAAGGUUUACGACAUAAGGCGCGCACAGGAAAACUUGCAGUCAUUGGAGCACCAAGCUUCUGAACUGGAGAUGAAACUCCUGCCUAAGAAGAAAUUUGGCUUUAAGAAUCGUAGAGUCGUGAAGAAGCCGACCGACAAGGGUCACGACAUCACGGACGGCUUGAAGGACCUCAAAAUAUCCGAAAGCAUCGGGAUGAACGGCACGACCAAGCAGAAUAACAAGCUGUCGAGCAAGUAUGGGGACAGUGCCUGCAUGCUGCUGGGUAAAGUGAACGAGCGUAUGGUGCUAGACGCCGAGAAUGUAAAUAAGAAUGAUAUUCUACUCUCCGAUUUGGUACGCUGUACCGUACGGAUAUACGGUACACCAAGCACCUUGCAUAUGGUGAACCUGAAACAGUGUACUGUACUGGUCGGUCCGGUGACGUCCUCUGUUUUUGCGCACGACUGCAGUGAUUGUGUAUUCGCCUUUGCAUGCCAGCAGCUGCGACUACAUUCGUCGACGGAUUGUACUAUUUAUUUACACGUCACAAGUAGGGCGAUUAUAGAGGAUUGCACGAAGAUACGUGUGGCACCUUACAACUGGUCCUACGAGGAUCAGACGAGUCAUUUCAAUCUAGCCGGCCUCGAUCCAAAGAUUAACAAUUGGAAUUGCAUCGACGACUUCAAUUGGCUGUCUAGUGAAAAGCAUUCGCCAAACUGGUCGAUACUUGAACCGGAGCUACGGGUAAAAACGUGGGAUUGAAAAAAAAAACUUGAAUACUGUUGUAAAAUAAAGAGGGAGAGAGCAAUUAAAACUGAACUGAGUUGUAGGAAAAGAAUGUUUUUAUGGAAACCUAAUUCUUCUUUCUUUCGAACGAAUCGAUUUAUUUUUACGUAGAUAAAUCGUCUAAAUAUACAGUAUGCUUUUUCAUAAAAUGAAAAUUAUAUACGCAAGUUUUAUAUACUUACGAUAUUUAAUAAAUUUACUGUUUGUGCAAUA